AUGGCGACGGGCGGCUGCCUGUGGUUCCCCGACCUCAUGGUCGCGGACCCGUACCACAUCCUGCCGGUUGCGCUGUCCGCCAUCCUGGUGCUGAACAUGCUGCCGAGGUCGCAGGCCGGGCUGCGCCUCCUGCUGGGCGGCGAAGACACCCAACCAGCCAAGGCCGUUGGGGUUAAGUGGCGGAUGCGACUACAGCGCGCAUUGCUCAUGGUCGCCGUGUUUGUCGGCCCGGCCACCAUGGACCUGCCGGCGGCUCUGCACCUGUACUGGAUAGCCUCGGCAACGGUGACCUGGGCCCAGACCGCAAUCAUCUGGCGGCUGAUGCCGUUGCCCAAGACGGUCGCUCCCGCGAAGAAGAGCGAGCUGAACUUCGUCAUGCCGAGACGCGAGGAGCCAAAAAGGCCGCCGAUGGAGGGGUAA